UCAUGGCCGCCAGGGCCGUCGGAGCCACGGUGCGAGCUGUCAGUAAAAAGCGGAUGAUUCCUACACGAGCUCCACUUGUUUUGACUCAAGCUGCUGUUAACAAAAUAAAAGAACUAACCCAAGAACAACCUGAUGUGCUUGGGCUGAGGAUAGGUGUAAAGACAAGAGGAUGCAAUGGUCUAUCCUACACACUGGACUAUGUAAAGGAGAAAGCCAAAUUUGAUGAAGAAGUGCAUCAAGAUGGUGUACGAGUACUGAUUGACUCCAAGGCACAGCUGACUCUACUAGGUACAGAAAUGGACUAUGAGGAGACUAAACUAGAAUCUGGGUUUGUGUUUAACAAUCCCAACAUUAAAGGAACAUGCGGCUGUGGAGAAAGUUUCAGUGUAUGACAGUGAUUUAGAGGAGAGCUUCAGAUUUACUCAUAUGUAAUGAAGAAUGGAGAACAAGGCAACAUUAUGUGCAGCGUGACUGACACCAAACCCGGUUUGAAAACCAAGUAAAGUGAUAUGGAAACCAAGAGAUGUGGAAUAUUCAUUGAUAUUUAAUCUACUUUUUUAAAUGCUUCUAAAGUCUCAAUUUUUUCUGUAAUUUUAAUUUUGUCUAAUUAUUUUAAUGAAUGUUUACAAAAUAACCUUCACUGCUUCAUGAUAUUAUCUACAGUAUUUUUUAAAUUUGAGUUACCAGUACACAUUUUUGGUUGUGUAUUAAAUCCCACCUUACAAAAAGAAAUUUCAUUGUUACACAUUUUCAAAAGUCAAGACCAAUCACUUAUAGAUUGUUGUAGAUUAGUAAGAAUUUUAUAUAUGAUGAUUUAAUUGCUUACAUGAAAUGUUUUCUCGCAGUUCACCAUAAUCUUCAAUUCAUUUUUGUAUUAUUUGUCUUACCAACUUAUCACAUUUUUCUAUGUGGAUAAAUAGAAAACCCAAAAAUUUUGUUGAAAUCAUAUUAAAUAGUGAUGAAUAGCUAUUUGUUAUACAUUCUGGUAUGGGUAAUUGAUUCAGGUUUAAGUAUUUGAAAACUUUGAAUCAUUUAUAUUGUAAAAAUUGUGAAAUUAUUACAGUCAAUGUUCUUUAUCAAUUUGUCAAUAUGGCUUCAGUUUGCCUUGUGUGAAAACUGCAUCAGCUUACCCAGGGAGUGUGUUCAUGUAUGUAGUUGAGAGAAAAUAUAUACCAGUAGUGCAUUUGUAUGUGUUUGAGAAAAUGAGUGGUUUAUGGAUGUAAGUGAAAGAGAAUGUGUGGUGUAUCUGUAUGUAUGUGAGAGUAAUGUUUCUUGAGGCAUCUUUGAUUUAUUGUGAUAUUACUCGAGUGUUUAAUUUAUGCAAUAAAAUGCCGUUUGUGAAGAA